UGGGCUCAAAUGGGCCUUAAUCGUUAAUGGUGAAGAAAUGUAAAUGGGAGAGAGAAGGCAGCGAAAGCGAAACAAGAGACGUAGCUGAAUACCACAGAAACAUGGAGCCAGUAUCUGCUUCCACCAAUCCCAUCUCUUCUUUCCAUAUCUCCAUUUUUUUUUAUAUCUCCUAAUUAUCAUAUUCGUUUUUUUCACUAUAAUCUAAACUUCUCCAAUUGUUGAAACCAUUUUAUAUUUAUCUCUUCUUAUUUUCUGCAUGGUGGUUUGAAUUAGGCCACCAAAAAACUCUUGGAUAAAAAAAAAACUGAGAAACAGAAAAAAGAAAAAACAAAACACACAUUCUCGAUUUGUCUGUGCCACACACACUCUCUUGCACAUUCUUGUCUCGACAAUACUCUCAGAAUACGAUCUUGAAGAGCAAAGAUUGUUCCUUUAUUGAUGAAUUGAGUGCAAAAGAGUGUUAUAUAAUGGCUACUGCAGCUGUUAUAGGACUCAACACUGGCAAAAGAUUGUUGAGUUCAUCGUUUUAUCACUCAGAUGUUACAGAGAAGUUUCUAUCUGUAAAUGAUCAUUGUUCAUCACAGUAUCAUAUUGCUUCAACGAAAAGCGGGAUAACUGCGAAAAAGGCGUCGAACUAUAGUCCGAGUUUUCCUUCGUCGAAUCGUCACACACAAUCUGCUAAAGCUUUGAAAGAGAGUGUAGAUGUUGCUUCUACUGAGAAGCCAUGGCUACCUAAUGGAACUGAUAAGGAAUUGGAAGAAGAAUGUUAUGAUGAUGAUGAUCUAAUUAGUCAUUCUGUUGAGGCAAUUUUACUGUUACAGAAGUCUAUGUUAGAGAAAAGUUGGAAUCUUUCAUUUGAAAAGGCGGUGUCGAGUGAGUAUCCGGGCAAGGGGACUAUACGGAAGAAGAAGAUUCCGGUUAUCACCUGUUCAGGGAUUUCAGCUCGUCAAAGAAGGAUUGGUGCUAAGAAGAAAACUAAUAUGACUCAUGUUAAAGCAGUUUCUGAUGUUUCUAGUGGAAAGCAAGUUAGAGGUUAUGUGAAAGGUGUAAUAAGUGAAGAUGUGCUUAGUCAUGUGGAAGUUGUGCGCUUGUCUAAGAAAAUCAAAUCUGGUCUUCGUCUUGAUGAUCAUAAGUCAAGAUUGAAGGAUAGAUUAGGCUGUGAGCCUUCUGAUGAACAGCUUGCAGUAUCUUUGAAGAUAUCUCGGGCCGAGCUUCAGGCGUGGUUGAUGGAGUGUCAUCUAGCUAGAGAGAAGUUGGCUAUGAGUAAUGUGCGUUUGGUUAUGUCUAUUGCUCAGCGUUAUGAUAAUUUGGGAGCAGAAAUGUCUGACCUUGUUCAGGGUGGUCUUAUCGGACUUUUGCGGGGAAUAGAGAAAUUUGAUUCUUCCAAAGGUUUCAGAAUUUCAACUUAUGUAUAUUGGUGGAUUCGACAGGGUGUCUCAAGAGCACUAGUGGACAACUCAAGAACCUUGAGGUUACCUACUCACCUACAUGAAAGACUCGGUUUAAUCCGAAAUGCAAAGCUUAGACUUCAAGAGAAAGGAAUCACACCCUCCAUUGAUAGGAUUGCAGAGUCUCUAAACAUGUCGCAGAAGAAAGUUAGAAAUGCAACAGAGGCUGUAAGCAAAGUAUUUUCUCUAGACAGAGAUGCAUUUCCUUCUUUGAAUGGUCUCCCUGGAGAAACUCAUCACAGUUACAUUGCGGAUACUCGUUUGGAGAACAAUCCGUGGCACGGGUAUGAUGAUUUGGCACUCAAGGAGGAAGUAAGCAAGCUUAUAAGUGCAACACUCGGAGAACGGGAAAAAGAGAUCAUUCGAUUAUACUAUGGUCUAGACAAAGAAUGUCUCACAUGGGAAGACAUUAGUAAACGGAUAGGAUUAUCGAGAGAGAGGGUGAGACAGGUAGGGCUUGUGGCACUGGAGAAACUAAAACACGCAGCGAGGAAGAGAAAAAUGGAGGCAAUGAUCCUUAAGAAUUGAUUUUGUUUUUGUACAUUUUGAUUACAUCAGAGCCAUAGAGAGCGGUUGUGAAUGUGUAUAUAUACAGGACAAAAAAGGGGGAAGAGUACUACUCUCUUUUAUUUUUUUAUCUUCCUUGCUUCUUUCGUAAACUGAGUUGAGAAACAAGAGACAGUUAUGUAAUAUGGCUUCACGUAAACUUCAUCAUUCCUCAUAUAUUAUCAACUUAUCCGGUGUUUUGUUUU